UUUCAUGAAGCUUUUCUAAGGGUUCUUUCGGGGUUUUCUCUAAUUUCUCUUCUUUUUCUUGAGUUCUUUUCCCCCUUUAGUUCCCCCUUUCCAUUCACUCUCUUUACAAGGCUUACAAAAAAUACCAUUGCUAGCCCUCGAGAGUUAUAUUAUAUCACCUUUACAGACCGGCCGAAUAUCCUCCUCUUCUGCACUUGCGGUCAGCAUAUCGGCCGCACACCUUUCUCGCUGGCUCCAGCGUCCGAGCGAGAGGAUUCUCGCGCAAACCUACACCACCCCCGAGUGGCUUCGGUGCUCGGAGUAGCGCGCUGCUACCAUGUCCCACUGAUAAUCUGUCGGGGCCUCUCAGUCUGGCCGAGUCUGAUCGGAUUGUCCAGAUGCGCUGUUGCUUUCGUCGCGACGGAGGGCUUAGGAUGCACGCAGGUGGAGCUGAUUCUGGCAGUGAUAUGGGUACGCGCGUUAAGCGGUCCAUCUCCCGGGAUUAUUUUGCAAGCUUAUGAUGAUGAUGAUGGUGGGGGUGGGAAUGGCAGUGCUUUUCCUCGGCGUAUCUCUCGUAUCUGUUCAUAAAUAAUCUGAUGGCGCGGUGGUUCGCUCCCCCGGUGCCCUUGGUACUUGCUGCUUGAGCUGAUUAUGGUUAUGGUUAGGCUCAUAUAUUACACUCCUCCGGGUAUGAUACCCCCAGCGUGCACCCGAAGGAACGAGCGAGUGAAUGAGUGACCGGAGAAGCUGGGGCUGACGAUCACGUACCAGCAACCAUGGUCCGUCUGUUCUCCAUCAGUGGUAUAAACGCCUACCUCACGUCGUGGGCUUUGACCAUCGUUGGAGCUGGAAAGCCACGAAUGCUUCUGCCGGCAUGGAUCCUAAUUGCCCUCGUGAGCUUCCCUCUCGUUCCCAUUCAUUCCUGCACACGAUUGAUUUGUCAUACCCUAUUUACCCGAUUUAUGAGGAAAAGGUGCUCGCGGCCAUACAUCGGAUGACUGUUCGGAGGAUCAAUCUUUCUCAGGAAGUGGCCUCGGCCACGAGUGUGCUGUGCCUUGCCGGCGUUUGCAGUACCGUCGCGCUGCUGCUGGAGUUGCACAUCUGCCCACUCACUCACUAGACCAGACCAGACCGGGCACAAUCAAUCUCGUCUGUGCUCUAGGAAACACACUUUGGUGACCCUCAUGAGAGUAGAUGUUGUUACGCCCUAUUGUGCCGCUUCCUCACUUCACACCUUACCUUACCGCUACCUCACUCACCCCCCACCUUUUAUUUCUUGCUUAUUGUCUGUCCUCUUGCCCCUUUGUCGGGGGGUUUCCAGACGGGUGCCGUAUGGAAUCCGCCAUAACCGUUGAUCAAGUUAUGUACUGUAAACGCCGCCGUCACAAAAACAAAACACAUUCAGCAGAGAG